AUGAUUCAUGUCUGGCAACUACUUACGGUUGAACAAAUUGAGGACAAGCUGGGCUACAUCUUUGACUAUUUGGACGAUCCCGAAAGCGAGGCUACAAGCACGUUCUACUCUGAUCUCACCCGAGUUUCCAACAAUCCAUACGAGAGAGCUUUGAAGGAGCUUGACGAAUACACCAAACAAAAUACAGCUCCACGACAGCAGCUCCCAGGCCGAUGUCUGCCUAAAGUUGACGAUCAUAGAUCAUUUCUAUUCGAGGCUCAUGACCGUUACAACGACAGGAAACAUGCAUCGGGCUUUAUCUUUCAACUUCCAAGAGAGCUUCGUGGCAAGAUCUACGAAUUCUGUAUACCCGACGGAAAGUGGAGCGUGGGCGAUGUUGACGCAUUCAAUACAACCACGUUUGCUGGAAAUAUAGGUGACCCGACCGGCUUUUGUUUUCCCCUAAGCAAAGAUCUAGCGAUUCUUAACAUCAGCAAGCGGAUACGUGAGGAGGUAAUUCCUAUCGCCUACCGUAGGACAUUCUUCCGUUUGGAUGAUAUAGACGAGUCCGUCAAGGUAGCGGCUUCUAUUGGCAAUAUUGGGCGGGCAAACGUGGAAUCCGUGGAGUUCUGCUGGGAAAGCCGAAGGUCACUGACCUUCAGUGGAGGAGGGAUGAAAAUUCUGAUUUGGAUGAUAACUAUUCCCGGCUUCCGUCCCUUCACGUCCUGA